GAGAGAGAGAGAGGGGGAAAUAUCUUCAAGUAUUCGACGAAUUAAUUUCCACAAACUUGUGUUUAUAACUUACAUAAGUUGUUAUUGUCAUUUUUCCAUAAUACUUCCGAGAAUAGCAUAUGUGUAUGCGAAUUGAAGACGAAGUUUAUCUGUUAUACGUUAAACACUUCAACAACGCCAUUACUUUAACCCUUGAAUAAGAUCUUCACUGGUGAGUGCAUCUUAUUUUUAUAUUAUUUUUUUUUCUAGAAGUUCACUAUUUAUAUUUUGUUCCGAAAUAUUCUUUUUUCCUUAAUCUUUGUAAUUGAACGUAAUCAAUUUAAUUAGUAGAAUGUGAAACAGGUUAAUCUCUAAAACAUGGCAAGAUUUAAAAAUAAAGUUGCUUUAUUGAAUAUGGAUGAGACGAGACAAACUUUAUACAGUUUAACUCUGCAUUGAAAUUUAAAAAUCAGAAUAAGAGAGAUGUGGGCAGCUGGUUUCAGCGUUUGAAUAAUGUAAUUAAUCGUGCAUCGUAUAAUCACUUUUACGUGUAACUUUCUAAGGAGCAAUCACAUCUGAAAAAUACUUGGUUACUAUUUUGUCAAUGACAUACAUUGAUUUUAGCUUUGAAAAAUGAAUCGCAGUAUAUGGAGUUUUAUUAUAUUCUGCUUUCCACCCUGACCUAUAUCCGAAUAUAUAUACAAAGACUGUAUCAACCACUUAUUACUUGAGAGGAUGAGCGUGUUAAUAUGUGGGACAACGUAGUUAUUGUCUGUUGUCCAUCGAGAACUCUACACUUCAUUACUCCUUAACUACACUUAUUUUUUGUUACAGACUGGUAUAGUUAUUCAUAUGGGGGCCGUCAGAUUGGUUGGAUGUUCGACAUUACUGCUCUUUAUCCUGUACCCACAGCGUCAUCAUAGUUAUACCUACAUCAAACAUGAUCUGUACAUUAAUCAGACUAGAAAGUCAUGGGAGAAAGCUUCGCAGUCCUGUGCCUUGGUGGGUUCUGAAAGGGCUUCAUCAUAUGACGUCAUAGUACAAAAUAUCCCAGUCCUCCAACUUUCUCGGAACACAUAUUGUCAUGGCGACCUCUAUUGGAUAGGAGCCACGGCGACCUUCACCCCGUGGUUAAAAUUACUAGGUUGUUACGUUUAUAAGACGAUUUCGACGAUUCGUACGUAUAGGUACCGCUAUAGUGUUAUUGGCCCUGUGGCUGACUGCUACUUACAAUGUAAAAGCCAUUUUGGAGUCAACGAGUCACAUUGUCACUGCUUACCAAAGGCUGAACAAGGACAAUUGAAUAAUAAAUCCUGUAGACUGAAUGCAUCAGGUCAAAGUGACAUCGUUGGAACCAACGUACCAACAGAAUAUAAUGGCGAACUAUACCAGAUUGCAAUAUACAGACUCACUAACGACACACUCAACAUAAAUGCUGAUACACUAGACGAGUGUCUGUUGAAUAGUACCACCUACAUCAGCACGCAUCCUUGUGACGCAAUAGACAGUUCAAAUCGAAAGUGGACAAAUGCCAUUAUUAAUGGUCUCUCUUUCAAUGAUGGAAAUCAAUCACAGUGGACGCGCUAUAUACGGCGGCCGAUCAUCCGGUGGAAUCGGGGGCACGUCCUUGAUUUGAAUACGUCAGCAUGUGUCAGUGUGAAGGAAUUAUCUAAUCAGCAGGAAUAUGAAAUGGUGCUAAGACAAUGUGAUGCUAAACUUCCCUACAUUUGUUUGAAGGGGAACGACAGGCAUACUCACAAAAUGAUGACGUCAUCACUGGAAACAAGUCCAACAUUGCCAUCAAAAUGGCCAGAAAAUACAAAAUCAUCUAUUGGAGCACAACAUACUCACCAACUGAUGACGACGUCUCUGCCAACAAGUCCAUUUUUGCCACAAGAACGACCAGGAAACACCAGAACAUCCAAUGGAGGUACAUGCUCUAUUUCGGUGAUCGUGGGAGUGGUAGUGGGAGGAGCUGUUCUAGUCCUUAUUAUCGUCGCUAUCGUCAUCAUCAAACUUACACGUAUGAGUAGACGAGCCAAUUCCAAGCCACAACCAGAGUCGCCACCAACAGAAAAUUUUGUUUACAGUAAAUUGGCCGCAAAAGAUAAAAGAAGCAGCAACCACUCUCCACAAAACAACGAGAGCAUUGCAACAUCGAGCACGAUCGUCAAACCGACGGACAGCGCGGAAGAGAGUGGUGAAAUGUUGCUGACGACUAACGAUGACGUUUACAAUCACACCUGGGAUAAACCAAUGAAAGAGCGACAACCAGAUCACGUGUACAGUACAUCUUGCAGCGGAAGUGAAUAUGAUUACAGUCAGGUACCAGGUAUCAACAGUGACGUGUACAACCACACUUGGGAUAAACCAAUCACAGAACAGCAAACAGAUCACGUGUAUAGCACCACCGGAUCCGGAAAUGAUGCCAGUUUAUACGAUCAUACGGAAUAAUAAGAAUCAAAAUAAACAAAUCUGAAUAAUGAAGAAUAUAUAUAAAUCUACAUUCUGUUAUCGAAGUUCAUUA